AUUAUUAACACUUUGUAUCACAAAAUAUCAAGGGUUUGAUCGAUCACACAGACACGCUACUGAAUCUCCACCCUGCUCUCUCGAAUAUCUACCGAUAAUAAAAUCAUAAAAGAUGGAGAAAGGGAAAGGAGUGAUGGGAAGUCGGAAAUGGGCGGUGGAUUUCACGGACAAUUCAUCCGCGCCUUCCGCUCGUGACAUCCCCGACCCUCCUGGCUUCACUCGUGUCCCUCAUGAUCAAGAUGAUUCUACUCUUAGUCGCCAAAAGAAAGACGCCGAAGCAAAUUGGAAGUCGCAAAAAGCAUGGGAGGUCGCUCAAGCGCCUUUCAAGAAUUUACUAAUGAUGGGGUUUAUGAUGUGGAUGGCUGGAAACACCGUGCACUUGUUUAGCAUUGGUAUAACGUUUUCAGCUCUUUGGCAACCGUUAAGUGCCCUUCAAGGAGUCGGUAAGGUUUUUGAGCCUUACAAGGAUAGUAAAGUUGACCUUAAUGCUCCUAAGUUGCUUUAUAUUGCGUUGAAUUUGGGGGGUAUGAUGCUCGGUGUUUGGAAGCUAAACACUUUGGGUCUUCUUCCGACGCAUGCUUCUGACUGGGUUUCAUCUUUACCGCCUGCCCAUGAGGUUGAAUAUUCGGGUGGAGGUAUUGCUUUACACUAAGAUCCAUUUUGCCAGCUUUUGAUUCAGUGUAUUUUAAGUUAUUAUAUUGUGAAAGAGAACCAAAGUGGGGUUUUCUUGUAGUAUGACUUUGUUUCACUAUGCAUUAUUUUUCAAUAGAAACGAAUGAAUUGACAUCAUUAUUCAGUUUUGUUAUACCGGAGAUAGUGAAAAUGUGUUAUUGAUCUGGGUUUUCUUA